CAUCGCUGCUGGGCUCCUCAUUCUGGGCAAGGGGGCUCGAGGCAGCACUGAGCUCUCUGCAGCGCCCACGGCCGGUAGCCCAGAGCGACCCGGUUAGCGACAGACACGUUCGGAGGGGCUGGGAGUCCGGAUCCGCCAGCCAGACCCUGGUUCUGAACUCGAGUCCUGGCGAUUCCCACCUGGUUCUGGAGUGACUGGAUCUGAGCAAUUGGGAUCCAGCUCUUUCCCUGGUACUGACAUCGCUGGAGCCAGGAGAUCUGGAUCCAGACCCUGGUUCUGACAUCCCUGGAGUGGCGCAGAUCCAGACCCCGGUUCUGAUGUUGCUGGAGCAACCUGGAUCCAGACCCUGGUUCUGAAGUCACUGGAGCAGCCCAGAUCCAGACCCUAGUUCUGAGGUUGCUGGAUCCAGGAGAUCCAAAUCCAGAGCCUGGUUCUGAUGUCCCCGGUGUGGGGUGGAUCCAGACUCCAGUUCUGAAGUCACUGGAGCAGGAGGGCCAGGACCUGGUUGUAACCUCCCUGGAGCAGCCCGGAUCCAGACUCCGGUUCUGAAGUCGCUGGAUCAGGAGGGCUGGGACCUGGUUCUGACGUCCCCAGAGCGGCCCAGAUCCGGACCCUGGUUCUGCCCUCCCCGUCUGUGCGAUCACCAUGCUGCCCCUGCUGGCGCUCUCUCUCCUGCUGGCGCUGCCCGGCGCCAGCCCCAAGGAGUGCUUCUUCUGCGAGGUGACAUCCUCCCGCCACUGCCCCAGCACCCGCAUGAGCUGCGCCCAGGAUGAGGAUUGCUUCGUGGGGCACGGGGCCGCCCUGGGCGUCUCCCUCAUCCAGACCAAGGGCUGCACCCGGGCCAUCCGCUGCGGCAAGGAGCACCCCGUCACCCACAUGGGGGUGACCUACAGCCUGGUCACCGUGUGCUGCAAGGGCAGCCUGUGUAACGGGGCCGGCGCCCGCCCGCGAGGGCCCAGCCUGGGUCUGCAGCUGGCGCUGGGCACGGCCGUCCUGCUGCGGGCGCUGUGAGAGACU